AAUCCAAUAGGCCACAGGGGCCUUGCCUUACCUUGCUUCAACCCCACUUUAUUAUUGCCACCCUCUCUCUUAUUAGUUUCUCUCUUGUUAGUUUCUCUCUCUUGCAGACCCUGACUCUCUAGUUUCUUUCUCUCUCUUGCAGACCACACCAGUGCCUUUUUACCUUUUUAAUUAGUGUCUUCAGCUCCACUUUAAUUUGCUGUUAUCUCUAGCUUAAGGAUCAAGCAUCGAACUGCCUGUCGUAUGAGCUCCCGAGAUAGCGAGCCAACCGUCGCUUUUAUAUCGCCCGCCCGGCCGUUUCAUCAUCAUUGUUGCCAUCACCUGCCGCAAGCUGGCGUCUGGCGCGCACCUGUAUAGUCCUCAAGAAACUGAAGCACACAACGGUCGGGCACAGGGACAGGGAGCUAGCGUUGGCCGACCAGCUGCCGCCGUCCCCGAGUAGACCGAUGGGACGCGAGGCGGCGGCGACGAGGUCGAAGCUGCGGAGGGGCCUGUGGUCGCCGGAGGAGGACGAGAAGCUCCACAACCACAUCAUCCGCUACGGCGUCGGCUGCUGGAGCUCAGUCCCAAAGCUCGCAGGCUUGGAGCGAUGCGGCAAGAGCUGUAGGCUGAGAUGGAUCAACUACCUGAGGCCUGACCUCAAGAGGGGCAGCUUCUCCCAGCAGGAGGAGGAUCUCAUCAUCGACCUCCACAAAAUCCUAGGCAACAGGUGGUCCCAGAUAGCAUUGCAGCUGCCGGGGCGGACGGACAACGAGAUCAAGAACUUCUGGAACUCGUGCCUCAAGAAGAAGCUCCGGCAGCGGGGCAUCGACCCCAGCACACACAAGCCGCUCAACGACGAUGCCGAGGCGCCGCACGACGACUGCAAGCAGCUCCCCGACACCGACGACCACAGCUUCCCCAUCGGCAGCGACCCUCUCGCGCCGCACUCCCCGGCAGUCAGUUUCGAUCCGUUGUCCUUGACCAACGUCCCGGCAAUGGAAGGAUCCUACGGCGCCGCGCACUCCUUCCGGUCGGGCAUGUACAACCUCUGCGACUACAGCAGCAGCGUCGUCGAUGUUGUCUCCGACGCGGCCACGUACAGCGCCUACACCGGCGGCGGCGACAGCUCCAGCAACAGCAGCAGUACCUGGACCUGCGGCAAUGUGGUCAGCGGCGAGCCGAUGCCGCACAUGGACAUGUUCGGCCGCGACACCGAGCCCUACUCGUUCGACCCGACCAAGUACCCCUGGCACCACGAUCCGCAGCAGCAGCACGCAGCGGUGAGGAUCAAAGACGACGUGGGCGGAGCGGCGAGCUUCCCAAUCCGGUCAAUGUCACGGGACCUGCCGGAUUCCUGCUUCGACCUCGCCCGCGGCGCGCUGGAGGACGAGUUCAGCGUCGACUUCCUCUGACUCCGACGCCGAGAGGUUGAUGUCCAUCAGUCACUCAACACACACAGAUACACACACUUCACUACUACCUCAGAACAUCACCCAACAGAAGACACUCCUGAAGCAUCCCCUCUGGCACAAGUUCGUUACCUUUUUCUUUCUUUCAUCUUCGGUCCAACUUAUUUGGACCAACUUGUUCAAUUAACACGUUGUAUACUGUGUUCAUAAUAAGGGUUAUUAUUAUAUAUAUAUAUACAUCAAUUCAAGGGGACCAUAUUUUGUAUGAAAAAUUAAUAGCUAUACAGUCGAGCUAUUUAAUCUUGGCUGAA